AGUUUUAGCAAUUUACCUCAGAAGUUAAUUGUUUAGUUUUGAAGUAAUACGAUUGUUUUCGGAGGUAGAAGCAUAAUGACGUUGAUGAGAUACCAGAUACGGAACGAGUACGGCUUGGCGAAUAAGGAGCUGUACCGAUCCACAGACAAGGAAGAUGCUGAAGCUUUGCUCGAAGGUUUAUCAAUGGCCGGUCACGUCGGCCUUUUGCGCCAGCUUGGCGACCUCGCUGAGUUUGCUAGUGAGGUAUUCCAUAACCUGCAUGAAGAACUAAUGACAACUUCAGCACGAGGAAAAGGUUUGGCAGUUCGUCUUCAACAGCUUGAAGUAGAAGUUCCUAAGUCAAUUGAGAUACCUAUUCUAUCUCAAACCGAUCAUUCAACUUUUUUCUACGAUCCAGGCUUGGAAUGGCAUUCUAAUUUGCAAACAAAAGAAAAUCUAAUUUCUCCAAGCAAGUUGCCUCAUUGUAUAAUGGAUUCAUAUGAGGAAUGUCGUGGUCCGCCGCAGCUCUACCUUCUUGACAAGUUUGAUGCCGAUGGGUCUGGAUCAUGCUUGAAGCGUUACUCUGACCCAUCUUUGUUGAAGACGGUUACUGCAUCAUCAUCAGUAUUAGCAACAUCAAAACUCAGCAAUGAUGAAAGACCACGUAAAACAAAGAAUAAAGUAUUACACACGAGUAAUGAAGAGACACUUGGGUAUUCACAAACAUCACAUUCUAAGUUGCAUCAGCUCUUCUUAGUAGAGCAUGUUGAGAACGGGCACAAUGAUCCUGAAUUUCAUGUCAAACUAAAGAGAAGACAUCUGAAUGGACCUCAGAUUAACUCAAGCUCUGGGGCAGGUUACAUGGAGAAGUUCCUCAAGAAUGCAUUGCCGUACUGUGAAAGAGUUCAUGAAAGUCUUGAUCAGUCAUCUUCUCCAAUGGAAACUGAAGUUACAGCAUGCCACGUACAAGAAGACUUAUCAACAACACCUUCCCUGGUUUAUCCAAGCAACGGAGACACUAUAAAAGAAAAGGAAAUGGAAUCCAUUGCUGAUGAUGAAAGCUGUGGAAUACCAUAUGUAGAGGGAGGAGCAAUGGUUUGAAGGAAAUUCAUACCAGUUUAUAACGAUUUAUAAAUCAACUUAUGAAUUCUAUUUGCCUAGAAUCUCAUGCCAAUACUGAAAUAAUCUAGAUCUUUAGGUUCUUCGAAUAUACCUGAUUAUUCUGCAGCGGAAGGGUGAAUGAACCAACUCGAGAUUUCAAGCACUCCAAACGUCGUGCCUCUACCGGUAUCCACACGCACACAAACUGGAUCGAUACGGGAUGCUGGUGCCGUCGAGAUCAAAUCUCAGAACCUUAACGAACUAUUCGUCCUUUUGUGUUUUAGGGUUUGCCGUCGCAAGUCUCCACAUGUAAUUAUUAAAGUCACAUUAUCUUAUAUAAUAUGACUCUCAUUAACCUAAUACACGUGAGUUAAAUCACGUUGAUUAGCUUAUUGGGCAAAGCCCACUUAUCAAUAAUAAUUAUAUGCCU